AUGGCGACACACAACAUUAGCCUUCUGAUUGCCAUACUGCUGGCAUUUCUUUUCUUCAUCAUCACUAUGGCAUUCAGUGCUCUGGCAGGGCCGGGAAUGUAUCCAUUUUUGGAGUCCACCGGGAAUAUUUCAGAUGAGUUUGCUACACAGAUCACACCCUCAGGGUGGACCUUCACCAUCUGGUCAAUCAUUUACAUCUUUCUUGCUUUAGUGUUGGUCUACAUCUUAUCCUGCAUCAUUAGGAAGAAUGCCUAUGGUUACGUCUACUGCAGCCCUGCUAUUUUGCCACAUGGAUUUUUUGUGGCUUGGUGCCUGAAUCUGGGCCUAAACACUGGAUGGUUGUUCCUGUGGGACAGAAGGUUGAUGUCUGCUGCACUGGCUUUCCUCAUCUUGAUCGCGACGACUAACUACAUUGUGAUAUUCUUCUCCUGCCACGGUCUCCACAGCUAUGGAGCCUGGCUCAACAAAUACCACAGAGUAGACCUGUGGCUCCACCGUGUGUUGGUGCAGAAUGGUGUUGCCAUAUAUGCAACAUGGACAACCAUUGCGACCCUGCUUAACCUGACCAUCGUGCUGACCACUGAUGCUAGCAUGUCCCAGACGGACGCUGCUACCAUCGCACUCUCUGUUCUGACUGUGGUGUUGUUUGUGUGGUUUAUCCUGGAAAACUCUGUCCUCGACAAACACGUGAGGUACAUUCUCUCCAUUUACCCCGUCGUGAUCUGGGCACUGAUAGGAGUAUUCACAAAAAACUAUGAUGCUGCAGCUCCCACUCGCAAUAACAUCUUCACUGCUGCUCUGUUGGCUGCAGCCUGUGCCUUUUUUGUGGCGCGGGUAGCUCUGGUCAUCUGGAAGAACGUCAAAAAGCCACUUUACAAAGAUGCCAGCCCAGAGCUCAUGUCUCCGAUGGAGAUCGCUGAGAAGCAGAGGAGGAUAUUCAAGUGA